CAUUACCAUUUUCGCUCUCAAAGGAAAUUGAAACGGGAAAAGUAGGUCGUCGGUAUUGAUUUUUACAAUAUUCGGCAAACAAAAGACGUAACGUUGCUUUGUGCGAUACAAUAAAUAAAUGCUCCCCUGAUCCAGUGCGAAGAGAGUCACCAAAAUGCCCGACGCGGAGCUGAGUGCGCCGACUGUAGAAAAUGUACGCGUUGUGGUCCGGGUGCGGCCCAUGGACUCCCGGGAGAAACUCGACGGCUCGUACAACUGCGUGUCAGUAGAUCCCGUGAACCAGACCGUAGCGGUCACCAGGAACAAUGUGAGCCCGCCGGAGCCGCCGCGCGUGUACGCGUACGAUGCCGUCUUCGACAGUAACACCACUCAGAUGGACAUAUACGUCCAAACAGCGAGCCCGAUAGUGGAGGAGGUGCUCAAGGGAUACAACGGCACGAUAUUCGCAUACGGCCAGACGGGAACAGGGAAGACCUACACCAUGGCCGGCAGUAACUCGGCACCGGAACUGCGGGGGAUCAUACCCAACUCCUUCGCACAUAUCUUCAGCCAUAUCGCCAAGGCUAAGGAUGACGAGAAGUUCCUAGUAUGCGUGACGUAUCUGGAGAUCUACAAUGAGGAGGUGCGCGACUUGCUCGGCAACAACCCCCACCAGAGCCUCGAGGUGAAGGAGAGGCCCGACAUCGGCGUCUUCGUCAAAGAUCUUACCGGCUAUGUGGUCCACAACGCAGACGAGCUCGAGAAGAUAAUGGCGGUGGGCAACAAGAACCGUCACAUCGGCGCCACCGCCAUGAACACGGAGAGCUCGAGGUCGCACGCCAUCUUCUCCAUCACAGUGGAGAGCAGCAAGCGGGGUGACGACGGCAAGAUGCACGUCAAAAUGGGGAAACUGCACCUUGUCGAUCUGGCGGGUUCAGAACGACAAAGCAAAACACAAGCGACUGGCACACGAUUGAAGGAAGCGACUAAGAUCAACCAAUCCCUAUCGGUACUGGGCAAUGUGAUAUCUGCACUAGUGGAUGGCAAGAGUACGCACAUACCGUACAGGAAUUCGAAGCUAACUAGAUUGCUACAAGAUUCGCUCGGGGGAAACUCCAAGACUGUCAUGAUAGCCACGAUCGGUCCAGCGGAGUGCAACUACGUGGAGACGAUCAGCACGCUGCGGUACGCGAACCGCGCCAAGAACAUCGAGAACAAGACGCACGUCAACAGCGAGCCCGGGGACGCGCUGCUCACCAGAUUCCAACAAGAGAUUGAUCAACUCAAGAAACAAUUGGAGGAAAGCAAUAAUGAAAUCGAGGAAGAAUUCGAAGAAGAGGAGGUGUCCGAGGAAGAACUGUCAGACGACACACUCACAGAGUCAGAGCUGGACAGCCUCGAUCCUGAGGAGAAGAAGCUGCGGCGCAAGAUGAGGCGCGAGGAGAAGGAGAAACUGAACAAAGAAAAGGCGUACCAAGCGCGGAAAGUGUUGGAAGAAAAGAGGGCAGAACUACAGAGGACCAAGAAACAGCAAGAGGAGCUAAAAGACAAGCUGCAACGGCUCGAGUCCAAAGUGCUGGUGGGUGGUGAGAAUCUGCUGGAUAAGGCCGAGACUCAGCGGCAGUUGCUGGAGCAGGCGGCGCGCGAGUUAGAGCAGCGGCGGCUGAUAGAGCUGCAGCUGCAGGAAGACUUGCACAAGAAAGAGGCCGAGCGUCUGGACCUAGAAGAACGCUACUCCAGUCUACAAGAGGAGAACGCAGCCAAAACUCGCAAGCUCAAACGGGCGGUCCAGCUCCUCAACUCAGCUAAGGCGGAGUUGGCCGACCAGCAGCGGGAGCAGCAGCGCGAGAUGGAGGGCAUCCUGGACGGAGUCCGAGCGCUGCGAAGGGAGAUACAGUUGGCUGAUUUAGUCCUCGACUCCUAUAUACCCAAGGAGUACCAGGCACUGAUCGAACAGUACGUGCACUGGAAUGAGCAGUUGGGCGAGUGGCAGGUCAAGUGCGUCGCGUACACCGGCAACAACAUGGCGCCCCACCAACAUCAGCAGCAGCAACAACAACAGAAAUAUAUGGAGCCACCGGACUUAUCGGACCGCUAUUUAUCGUACAGUCGCGUGAACACGCGGCCGGGCACGCGACUAGCGCGCCCCCAGACGUCGGCCGUGCCGCGUCCGCACACCGCGCUCCGGCAGCGCCAGUAAUGCGGAUACUACUAUAACGCCCACUACUAGCACGCAUGCUAGUAUUGUAAUCACUAUUAACUACUUAAAGCGAGGGUUUUUCUGUUAAAUGAGGUCAACUGGCGCACGCACUAAAUUCGAACGAGCAUACAAUAAAUAUACACUGAGCUUUAUGAAAUACAAACAGGCGAGAAUUGAUCGCUCCAGAUUAAAAUAUAAACAUAAGUGGCGAGAGGUACUCGAGAUAGCGCAAAUCGGAACACAUUUGAUGCGCGUUAGGGUCUCGUUCGAGAUGCUUAAGUGGUUAAUAUAUCCGCUACUAAUGCACAUGUUAGUAGCGCGUCCUGCUAGUGUGUCUUACUAGCUCACUUGAUACUAGCGUGCCCAUUACUAAUAUGUCCACUACUAGCGUGCAUGUUACUACGCAUCAGUUGCUAGCGUACAUUUUAGGAGAUGCUCAAGUAAUACCUAACGUGAUUUCUGUACAUUUUUAAUAGUCCUCCCCAUGUAAUACACCUUAACAUUUAUCUGUACGUCCCUCCCUAAACGUUACGUAACACCUAAAUGAGCAUUUUUACCUCAAAAUUCACAAAAUUAACGCAUACUGACAGCGAAAAUAAAAUAAAUGAUUACGUACAAUACAGUUGAGGGGUUCCCUCUAAAAAUAAAGAGAGGAAAGGAUCGACAACUUGGGAGAUAUUAAUAUCCUACUUUUUAAUUUGGUUAAAAAAAUACAUUAUUACGUAAUGCGUUGUUAUAACCCUUUUCCCGCCCCCUAUCGCAUUUAAACGUUUCACAAGACCCGCCCCUUCCCCCAAAUCGCGUUAUGCAAUACUUGAACGCUCCUUUACUACCGCGUUGUAUCCGCUAUCGUGGCCACAACCAGCGUGAAUGCUACUGCCCGUCUAUUACUCAUAUAUCCGCUACUAGCACGCAUUCUAGUAAUGUCCGCUUAUAGCGCGUCCACUACUAGCACGCAUGUUACACAUCCCCUAGUGGACACUAGUGUGUCCGCCACUACCAGGCAUGUAACUAGGGUGUUCGUUAUUAUUGUGUCGGUCACUAACACUACUAGUGUGGCUACAACUAGAGUGUCGACUACUAGCAUGUCGACUACUAGAGUGCCAACUACUAGCGUGUCGACUGCUAGAGUGACAACUACUAGCGUGUCGACUACUAGCGCGCCUGAACAUUGUCAUUUUAAUGCUACAUGAUAUUACUAUUAUAUAAAAAAAAACAUUGUGUGAAUGUAUAAUCGACCGCAUACCGUAACAUUAGCAUUACUAGUGCGGCGGCUAAUAUUUUCAACCGACUUCAAAAAGGAGGUCGUCAAUUCGUGUAUUUUUUAUUUAUGUUUGUUACCUCAAAAUUUUGUUAGUUGUAAACCGGUUUGGAAAAUUCUUUUUUUUUUUAUCUGAAUUAAAAUUGAUUUAGUAGUUUAGUUUUGAAAUCAAAAUAACAGAUUUUUCCAAAAUUGAAGUCGGUUUUUUUUUUAAUAAAACACGAACAUAACUAUUGCAUUAUGAUCUCAACUUUUCUAUUCAAGUGAACAUUAUGCUAUCCAUAGAUUAACUUGCAUUUUAUUUUUAGCUAAACAUUUAUACUUAAUUUUAAAUUAAAAAAAGAUGUUCCGAAUUGAACUUUAGCACCAGUGAAUUAGAUACAAUUUUCUGUUUUAUUCUAUAAAGAUUAAUUUGAUCUAUGUACCUUAAUUUGUGAUUUUGCUAGUCGCAUUCCGUGAUUUUAAUGCUUUUAUUGUAUCAGUAUUAGCUAUACAGUAGAGUCUCGAUUAUUCGAUUAAAAUAAAACCAGCGGUAUUCCGGAUAAUCGAAAAUCCGGAUAAUUGAUUCUAAAGUCAAAUCAAACAAUACAUAAUUAAGUUUUUUUUUUUUAUUUAUUUAAUAGUUUUACGUACGUCAUUUAGACAAUACGAUAUAAAAAAAAUACGACCUACAAAGAUAAUGGAUUACGUAAUAACUAUUUACCCAAUUAAUACAUAAUUCCAUUUUUAAAUCUGUAAUUAGAGCCGUGAAAAGUAAGUCCGGAUAAUCGAAUAUUCGGUUAAUUUAUGUUCGGAUAGUCGUGAUUCCACUAUAUAUUGCAAAUUAUUUAUUACACAUAAUUUUAUUAUAUAUUAGUUUGUAAUAGUGCAAUAUUUUUUUUAAAUAAAUUUUAUACCUGUAAA